GAGACAGCUGACUAUCCUCUUGGCUCAGGAGAGAUCUCCCUUGGCUAUUUAACCAUUUGGCAGUUUCUCAAUUACUUACAAAAAGCUAGCAGGUAAAAUUAACAAGAUAAAGUUUAAGGAUAUAAUCAGUGAGUGAUCCUCAGCAGCAGCGAGGGAGAGCCCGUCAGCGGCUCUUUAACCGAACAGUUGUGAUCCAGGAUCGCAGAUACUGAAGCUGCUCCGUUACAAGAAACCCUCCACAUUUCAGAACAGAUUUUGUAUGGAGGCUGCUUUAAACUGCAAACCAGAGGACCUGGAGGAUUACUACGGGUUAUUAGGAUGUGAUGAACUGUCGUCGACGGAACAGAUUCUCAACGAAUACAAGAUCCGAGCCUUGGCAUGUCACCCAGACAAACACCUGGACAACCCAGGAGCAGUGGCAGAUUUCCAGAAGCUGCAGGAAGCCAAAGAGGUUUUGUGCUGCGAAACCAAAAGAAAAAACUAUGACCUUUGGAAAAGAAGUGGAGUUGCUAUUCCGUUUCAUGACUGGCAGGCCUUGAAUGACUCUGUAAAAACUUCAAUGCACUGGGCCGUGAGAAAUAAGAAGGAACCGAUGUUGGAGGCCUCAGAAGCAGAAAUCCCUGUCACUUCCCAAGCACAGGACCCACAUGCUGAGCAGGAAGCACCAAGGGUCCCUUCACAUGAUGCCAUGCCAUCCUCAAGUGAUUACUGCCAUCGACGUUUCCGUUGGGCUGCCGACUCGCCAUCUAGUCUGCUGCAGAGGUUUAGAAAUUAUGAAAUCUAAUUAUAUAUAAUAUUUGUGUGCAGUGUCUUGUCGUUGUCCUUGUUCAGGUGGGACCUCGUUAACUGUGAUGUCGAUUCUUGUGAAUAUGGUCUGGCUGUGCCACCUCUAACCCUCUUGCAUGAACUAGAAAUUGUGAACCCUACGUGUGAAUAAUUGGUCAGGCAAGAAUCAGACAGUUGCAUAUUAGAUUAGGGGAAUCAUUUUUUUGUCCUGAUCAUUUGUUUAUUAUGUUCACUACCACACAAUGGAGAUACUUUAAUGAUGUAAUGUGUCUUCUGGUGUUGCUGUCAUGUUCAUAAUGUUGGAAACUUAAAA